GAGGCGGACAUGUUCAGGUCGUGAGGAACUCUCCUGUUAGUAUUCCAGUGUGAAAUGUUUACGCAGGAAUGCGGUCGAUUGAAAUCUCGCAGUUGGCAAAUUGUUUCUGUUUCCUGGUUUGUGAAGAUGGUCUUCAGCCGUGUGGGUUUACUCGUGUUGGAGGAGUUGAGCGAGCAAACCUGUGGAAUCUCUUUGUUUGCUGAAGAGCCAUAAAGUCAUAAAAUCAUCACAGUGUGACAGGGUGCAGGAUUCCUCCUGUUAAUGCAUCACCAGGAUGAAGAUAACGCUAUGUUUUAUAACAUUUACACAGUCACGUCACCACUUUGCACCACAGAAUCCAAACCUGGGUGGAUCAGGUGUCAGGACCAGGAGCAUCUGUUCAUGGUGUGUAUCUGUAGCACCCACAGCUCCUAGUUCAGGAUUAGUUUCAGGAUGAAGCUGCAGUGACCUCCACACCUCCAGCACUGAAAGCUCCAGCUCACUCCCUGCGUCCUGAUUGGCUGGAACACGAUUGACAGACAACACUGAAUUGUUGUCUCCACCCCCUCAGCCAUGUGACUGCGUGUCUCCGCCCCCGCUGCCGCUGUCGCCUCCCACUGAGAUCAAACCGUCCAGAAGCUCUGUGUCUGUCUCAGAGAGAGCUCUGGCCCGGACUCUGGAUGUUAGCCAUGGCUCAGCAGGACCUCAGCACAGCCAGCACACUGCAGCUGGUGGCCACAGACAUGACCGAGAUCAUGGAGAACCUGGACACACGUGAGCUGGACAUUGGAGAGGAUGAGUUUGAAGGACCAGCAGCUAACAGUGCAGAAGCUCGUGUUCCGUUCUCACUCAUCUACAAGACGAUUGGAUUUAAAGAUCAGGACACUCGAGUUUUCCUCACAUCAUCUCCCAUCACUGCCAAAAUCCUGGAGGUGGAGCGUUUCACUGCACAGGACCGCUUCAACCGCACCACCCAGAGGAGUGUGUCAAAGAAAAUUCCUGCUGUCUUCAGGAUUGAAAUGAGGCAUGGGAACUUUACCUGGAUAGUGAAGAGGAAGGAGAAGCACUUCAUGGAGCUGCACCGAGAACUACGGACCUAUAAAGCCUUCCUGAAGAUUCCUCUGCCCUCUCGCACUCAUACACAGCGGAGGCAGACAGUCAGACAAACACGUCCGAUGCCCACGUUACCCCGCGGCGGAGGAGACGAACUCGUCCGAGAAGAGCAGGUGUCCAGCCGGAAGCGACAGCUCGAGGAUUAUUUAAACAAACUGCUGAAAAUGCCUCUGUACAGAAACUACCACGCCACAAUGGCGUUUAUCGAUGUGAGUCAGCUGUCCUUCAUUUAUGAUCUGGGACCAAAAGGCUUAGAAGGUAUGGUUUAUAAAAGAUCAGGAGGUCACAGGAUUCCUGGACUCAACUGCUGCGGUCACAGUAAAGUGUGUUACCGCUGGUCCAAACGUUGGUUGGUGGUGAAAGAUUCGUUCCUGCUCUACAUGAAGCCGGACUCAGGUGUGAUCUCCUUCGUUCUCCUGGUGGAUAAAGAGUUCUGUGUAAAAAUGGACUCUAAAGACACUGAGACGAAACACGGAGUUCGUGUGGACAGUCUGUGCAGAAACCUGGUUCUGAAGUUCUCCAGUUUCCGUCACGCCCGCUGGUGGGGUCAGGCCAUCGAUGAGUUUGUGCGCAAAUAUGGCAGUGCUUUCCUCCAGGGCCAUCGCUUUGGUUCCUUUGCCAAUGUGCAAGAGAACAUCCUCUCCAAAUGGUAUGUAAACGGGAAAACGUACAUGGAAGAUGUAGCUACUGCACUUGAGGGGGCUGAGGAGGAGAUCUUCAUCACAGAUUGGUGGCUGAGUCCAGAGAUUUUCCUCAGAAGGCCGGUGGUUGAAGGAAAUCGCUGGCGUCUGGACUGCAUACUGAAACGCAAAGCCCAAAAAGGAGUUCGGAUAUUUGUUAUGCUCUAUAAGGAAGUGGAACUGGCUCUCGGGAUCAACAGUGAAUACAGCAAGAGAACGCUGCAUCAGCUUCACCCCAACAUCAAGGUGAUGCGACAUCCUGAUCACGUCUCCUCCUCCGUCUAUCUGUGGGCUCAUCACGAGAAGAUUGUGGUGAUCGACCAAUCGGUGGCCUUUGUGGGCGGGAUCGAUCUGGCGUACGGUCGCUGGGACGAUCGAGAACAUCGACUUACGGACGUGGGGAGCGUGACGAGGACUUUGAACACGUCUGCAGAGAGUGUAACAGAAGCUUCUCACUCCAUGGCGUCUCCCUCUAACGGUCCUGUUCAGAGUAACGGCAAAAACUCCGCUAGGGAUCCAGAAGAUCUGCCCAAACUCCGGGGUUAUGGAAAAACCAGGAAGAGUCGCUUCAGUAUCAGGAAACGCCUGCAGAGACACGGCCUGGCGCACGCCGGCAGCAUCAGCAGCAACGAGAGCUCAGAGGAAACAGAAGCAGAAUCUGCCCAGGACCUGCAGGCCGACGUCAUCGGUCUGAUGGGGAACACACGUUUCUGGCACGGGAAAGAUUACUGUAACUUCGUGCACAAGGACUGGAUUCAGCUGGACAAACCGUUCGAUGAUUUUAUCGACAGACACAUCACUCCCAGAAUGCCGUGGCACGACAUCGCCUCGGUGGUUCAUGGGAAAGCGGCGAGAGACGUCGCUCGCCAUUUUAUUCAGCGCUGGAACUUUACCAAGAUUAUGAAACCCAAGUACCGUUCUCUCUCGUACCCGUUCCUGCUCCCCAAAUCCCACACCACCACCAACGAGAUCAAGAACCAGCUCCUGGGCUGCGUUCACACCAAAGUCCAGGUGUUACGCUCGGCAGCUGAUUGGUCGGCUGGUAUAAAGUACCAUGAAGAGUCCAUCCACAAUGCGUAUGUGCAUGUGAUUGAGAACAGUAAACACUACAUCUACAUCGAGAACCAGUUCUUUAUAAGCUGCGCUGAUAACAAAAUCGUCUUCAACAAGAUCGGAGACACCAUCGCUCAGAGGAUCAUCAAAGCCUAUAGAGAAGGUACGAAGUACCGCGUGUAUGUCAUUACUCCUCUCCUACCUGGAUUUGAGGGAAACAUCAACACCGGAGGAGGAAGUGCCCUCCAGGCCAUCAUGCACUUCAACUACAGGACGAUGAUCAGAGGAGAACAUUCCAUCGUGUCCCAGCUGAAGAAAGAGAUGGGAGAUCAGUGGAUGAACUACAUCUCGUUUGGAGGACUGAGGACACAUGCUGAACUGGAGGGGAAACUGGUGACGGAGUUGAUUUAUGUCCACAGUAAAAUGCUCAUUGCAGACGACAACACGGUGAUCAUCGGUUCGGCGAACAUUAAUGACCGCAGCAUGCUGGGAAAGCGUGACAGUGAAGUGGCAGUGGUUUUUGAAGACACAGAAUUCGAGAAGUCUGUGAUGGAUGGACAGGAAUAUCAGGCAGGACGAUUCGGACUGCAGCUCCGUCUCGAAUGUUUUAGGACGAUUCUCGGCGCUCACACAGACUCCAGCAUCGACGUCUCAGACCCCAUCAGUGAGCACUUCUACAAGGAGGUGUGGAUGACCACCGCAGCUCGCAACGACAGCAUCUACCAGAAGGUGUUCCGCUGUCUGCCGUCGAGCGACGUGAGGAUGAUCCUGGAGCUGGAAAGAUUUCUGAACAUACCCGGUUUGGAUAAAGAAGAUCCUCUUAAAGCUCAGGAGGAACUGAAGAAGGUCCGAGGCUUCCUCGUUCAGUUUCCUCUUCACUUCCUAUGUGAGCAGAACCUUCUCCCACCCAUCGGUUCUAAAGAGUCCAUGGUGCCCAUGGAGGUGUGGACCUGAGAGACAGAGGCUUCUGAGCCUCGAGCCUGGUCAUGUGACUGUGUGCUGAUUUGUGAUAUUAUUCUUUCUUUCUUUCUUUCUUUAACACUAUGCAACAUGUACGACAACAAACACUCAGAGAGGAACUUUACCUUCACACAUUCCACACAAAACCUUUUUCUUUGUUUAUUCGUCACAGAAAUGCCUGUUUUUUUCUUUUGUUUGUUUUUUUGCUUCACAUUUCUGUGGCCUCGGACGUGUUAAAUACAAGUGCCAUACGCCGUG